ACGUCAUCCAGCCAUGUCGAAACUUUUCAUUGGGUAAGUCCGCCUACAUGCUGCUCCGAACGAGAAUGCGACUGACGCGUCACAGAGGCCUUGCGUGGCACACCGACGACCAGGCUCUGCGCCAGAAGUUUGAGGAGUUCGGUCAGGUCGAAGAGGCCGUGAGUAACACAUGGCAUUCGCACGCCGGUGCAGCAACGCUAACAUGGCUGAAGGUGGUCGUGAAAGAUCGCGAUACCGGUCGCAGCAGGGGCUUCGGCUUCGUGCGCUAUGCGAACGACUCUGAGGCCGAUGCUGCCAUGCAGGCCUUGAACAACGAAGAGUGGGUGGUUUCCUCCACUUCCUCCCGCCUUAGCAGUCCACGCUUGAUCAUUGGCGCUGACCUUUCACAGAUUCGACGGGCGUAGGAUCCGCGUCGACAAGGCUUCUGACCGUGCUGGCGGCGGCGCGCCACGAGGCGGCGGCUACGGUGGCGGCGGCGGCG